AUGGAAUUAAAGUCCAACUUUGGUGGGAAAUCGAAUCUGGAUCAGGAUAGAUCUGCUAUUGACAAGAUUUAAAACGAAGUGAAAAUGAUAUUCUUCAAAGUCACUCAGCAAUUGUUAAAAGACGAGGAAAAAUCAAUUAUUCUCAAUUUACUAGCCAUAGUAAUUCAGUUCUUUUAAGUCACUUACAUCAUCUUCAAUCGACAAACAUGGAAAGUUUGGCAAACUUUUGAAGUAACUGAGUGGCUUAAUAAGAUAUUUGGAAGUUAUUCGAUGUUAGUCCCUUAAUUUCAGAUGAUAUCAUUUCCAGCCUUGGUUGCUAUGAUGUAUGUAUGCUUAGGCUUGGUAGUAUUUGCAUUUAUGUUGAUCUUCCUUCUAAGCUAUAGAUUGAAGUCUGCAUUCACAUGGCCAAUAUAUAUUUUAAGAAUUAUGAUUCAAAUGUUCUUAUCAGUUCUUUAUAUGCCAAUCAUGGAUCUCUUUUUCUCGUUAAUUGCUUGUACAACCGAUGAAAAUGGGAACACAAUUAACUAAAUUUUUAUUGAUGUUACAUGUUGGUAAGGUGCCCAUAUAGUGCAUGGUGUUGUCUCAAUUUUAGCUAUUGUAAUAUUCUAUCUAUUAUGUAUCACAUUUGCCUUGAUAUAUUAUGAGCCUAGGUAUCUACCUAAAGAGCCAUUAUCUAAGAAGUCUGGUAGAAAUUUGGCUAUUUUUUUAACAUACGAAUUAGUUAUGAUCAUAUGUUAUACAUUCAUGGUUGGAAGAUCCCAUGAUUAUCUAUUCAUUUUGAUUAUUAUGAUAGGAAGUUUUAUAAUAUUUUGGAAAAUGCACAUAGAAAAUCCCCAUAAUAAUAUAUACAUAGCGAAAAUGUGGUCUAUGCUUGUGUCAGUCAAUAUGUGGAGUGUUAUCCUAUUAUGUUUUGCUAAAUUUCUUGAAGGGCAAUUAUUUUUUGGAACUAUUUAUGCGUGGUUGUCAGGUUUACCAUUAAUGAUUGUUGCAGUUCUGAAAACAGAAAAGUUGAACUACGAUUUGCUUUUGACCAAUUUAAAUAAAGUAACAGAUCAUCAGGAUGUCCUUAAUUUGACUGAUCACUUAAUCAAGCUCUACUACAUUCAAGAUGCGGAUUCUUAAUUGAUGAUUGAUGGAUUCUUAGAAAUACAUAGGGCAACUUGCGCUAGAGAAGAUUGUUAUUUAAAAUAAAAAAAAAUCCCAAAUUAAAGAUUGGUCAAACCUUUUUUUAAAGAUUAAAAUCUUAAUGAAAGGGAUGUUGAUCUAAUUAUGGUUUUAGGCCAAAUUUAUUUCAAUUAGAUUAAAAGAUUUCCAAAUGAAAUUGCUUUAAGGCUUAGAUAUUCAUUGUUUCUCUUAGAUCUCAUGAAGUAAAGAUAAUAAGCAAUAAAUGAAUUAAUAUAAGCAGAAACACUAUGUCCUAGUUUAGAUAACGAAUUUACGAUAUUUAGAUAUAAAUAAAUAAUAGAAUAUGAAAUGAAUGCAGCUUAAAAUGAGAAUUUAGGUAAUUUGGAUGUAGCAUCAGAAUUAGCAUUUUAAAAUUAUAUGAGAUCCUUUUAAAAUAAAAUUGAAAGAGCAACGCUUAUGCAUAUGGACUUUUGGUCAUAAUUAUAAGAAGAUUCUCCUGAUUUAGGUAAAAUGAAUAAUAUUGGUGCUAAAAUUAAUUUGGCUAUUACUUAAGUUGAAGAACUUUGGAAUAAGAUGCAAAUGAUGACUUCAAAUCUGCCUAAAGCUAUGAGAUUAUACGGAAAAUUUAUCAUAGAAGUCUUAUAAGAUAAGGAUUUUGGAGAAGAACUAUUGGAAAAAGCAAGGCGCCUAUAGUAGUAGAACAGUAAGAACAAAAAUAAACAAAUGAUAUCGAUUUUAAGCGGUGAAGACUUAAGUCAAGAGCCGAAUGCUACUACUUUAGUAUCAACAGCUACAGAAAAAUUUGCUUAGAUUAUAAACUUAAACUUAUCAUGCUGCAAUUUGUUUGGAUACAGUAAGUCUGAAAUGAUCAACAGAAAGAUCAAUAUCUUUAUGCCAAAUCUUUAUUAGAAAUUUCAUGACUCAUAUGUUGAACGCUUUCUUUAGACAAAUGAUAAUAAAAAUAUUAAUAAGGAAAGACUAAUUUAUAUUAAACAAAAAUCAAAUUACAUAGCUCCAUGUUAUUUAAUGUUGAAAAUCAUUUAAUCUCUAGAUGACAAUCUAUAAUUGGCUGCAUAAUUUAGAUUACCUAAGAUUUUCAGACCCACUUGUUAUAUUAUAGUUGAUUCAGAUGAAACAAUUGAUUCUAUAUCAGCCUCUUGCAUCCCCUUAUUGAAUUUGGAUUAAAAAGUAAUUUAACAUAAAAAAUUGUUUUUAAUUGACAUUUUUCCAAAAUUGGCAGAAAAUAAAGAGUAAUAUUUAUCUAAAGUCGGAGGAUUGCUUUAGGUAACCUAAUAUUCUUCUUAGGUUAAUAAUAUAAAUUAAAUAGAAGAGAAGCAGCAAGAGCAACUUACAUUUAUGUGUUACAUGACUGAAGUAAUAAAUUAAUCAAUUGAUUAAUUAGUUGGAUAUAUAAUUAGAUUAGAAUUACAGGGUUAAGAAUAUAGUACCAACUAAGAAUUGCUUGCAAACAACAAUCCAUUAAAAAGUGGAAACAGCUUAUAAUUUAAAUUCAAUCCAUAACGUAAUAUGUACAGUGGAGAAUUCUUAGCAGAUACUAAUUCUUAAAGAGUCGAUCAGACUAUAUUAUGGGAUUAGAAUGAUUAAUCAUCUAUGAUAUCCUCUAAUUAAAUGGAUAUUACAGGAAAUAUAAAAUCAUAAGUAAAAACUGAAAAGUCGGAAGAAUAAAAUUUGAACACUAAAAUAAAUUAUGGAGAAGGAAUUAAAAUCUUGAGAUUGUUUGAGAAUAGAAUUUAGGAUAUCGAUGAUAAAGAUGAUGUAAUGUCAGAUGAUGAGGAGAUCGGAAAAAAUAGUGUAUUUUAAAAUAAUAUGGAACAGGCAAUAGAGAAUGAUUAAUAAAGAAACGAGUAACAUAAUAUUUUCAGAUCAAGAAAGAAUCUAUUUUAAAUUAUUAAUAGCAAUUAAACACCAAAAGUAAUUACUAAAUUAAAUUGGACUGCCAAUAUUCUUGCAUUAAUCUUGGUGGUACUUUCUUUUGUUGACUUUUUCAUUAUAUACUAAUAAUAUGACGACAUUUAUAAUACAAUAGUUUUAGUCAAAAAUCAAAACUAAAGAAAUGCUGAACUCUAAACAAUAACAACCACCGUUCAAAAUCUUUUGAUGCUAAAUUUAGAUGUUUGGCAAUUAAAAACAGAUAGUGAUAAGGCCACAUAUGAAAGCGCAUAGAAAACUAAAUUAAAUAACUCAAUUACAAAAGUUGACAAUUUAAACAAAGAACUAAUGCUCUCAAGUGUUAGUCUAAGCGAUUCCAUAAUAGGUAUGAUGAGAACAGAUAUUGUAACAAUGAAGUCGAGUGAUGGUAACGAAUAGUUGUAUGAUCUAUCCGAAGCAAUAGAAUAAAUAAUUAGUAAAUCACUGAUCAUAAGAGAUAAAAGCAUUGCAAAUAUCAAUAAGCAAGAUAUAGAUGUGAAUUUUGUGCUCUACAAUUCUCUAAAUAGUUUGAUCUAUUAAUUAAGACUAUUCUCAACAUUAUAUGCUAAUGAAUUGAGAAUUAAGACUUAGGACAAUGGAUAAAACUUCUUAACAAUUUUAGGAGUGUCCGCGGCCGCCAUAGGAUUAGGAUUAAUCAUUAUGAUAAUAGCAAUGAUAUCUGUCAGCAAAAAUUAAGAAGAGGUUUUAGCAAUGUUUCUAGAUCUUCCAGACAAAACAGUUAAAUAUUUGUACAACAAAAGCGAGAACUUCAUUUCUAAUUUGUAAAUGGGUGAGGAUGAUGAGGUACUGUCAGAGAUAGAUGAUGUUGAAAAGGAAGAGUAGGAAGAACUAAACAAGACUUUGAAAACCAGAAGAAAGAAGAAGCAUUUUAAAAACACAAACAAAGAUUAAAGAAACUUCAUAUUUGGUAUAUUUUUUGUUUUGUUAAUCACAUAAGGAUAUUUUGUGUUGAAUUACCUUUUAAGUCAUACAUUUCUAAGUAAUCUAGACUAAAUGAUACCAGAAAUAAAUGCAACUGCUAGAGCAGAAAGCUUUUAUAGAUUUGUAGAUAUAGGAGAGAGAGCUUUAUUUAUAGAUCGCAAUUAAACGAUAAUGAAUUAGGAUGCCUACACCAUAGUUAAAAAUAAUCUUAAUUCUCUUUAUGUCUUAGAUUCAUCUAUGCACUAAGAGCAUUCAUUAAAUGUUGAAAUUACAAAUCAAAUAUAUAUAGACGCUUUUAAGGAAAUUUUUAUGUCUCAACCCUGUACAAUAUUAGCAAAUGUAAUGAAUGAAGUUAAUGAAUAAGAAUGUUAGACUUUUGCAGAUGGAGCCAUCUAUUAAGGGAUGGCAGUAGGUGUUGCUCGUUACUUUGAAAAUUUAAGGUACAUCAUGACCAUAUAUGAUUAAUUUUGGAAUAAUUCUAAAGUCAAUUUUACUUCAUUGGCUCGUGGAUUUGUCACUUUCAAAAAUAUAACUAAAAAUUCAGAUAAUAGUACUAAUUAUGUUUUAAAUCUUAAUAAUUUCAAUCAUACAAAAGAGGCUAGAUAGAUGCAGGAUAAUUAUCACCGGGGAACCUUUCGUUAUUUAGUUAAGAAGAUGAUAGAGGGAAUAUAACAAGAUAUGGAAAAUAGCAAAACUUAGCUUCUUGCAUUUUUCAUUGUAUUUGAAGUUCUAUUGUUCAUUAUUUACUUCAUAUUGUGGUUACCUUUAGUUGUCAAAAUGACCAAAGAUAUUUGGAGAACGAGAUUGAUGAUUAUGAUGAUUCCUUUGAGAGUGAUCCAAAAUAUUAGAUCUAUUAAAGCCUAUAUCAAAGAUAAUAUACAAAUUAAUGAGAUAGAUGUGUGA